CUAAAGUUUAAGUUCAAUAUGCAUUUGAAGUUGUUAUUAGUGGUUUUAAUCUUAACUUUCGUUCGGGCAAACGAUGAUGUCGAAAAACUCUUUAGAGAGUACAAGAUUAUACCGGAUAUGUUGGAUACAGCACCAAAGGACUUUUUAAAGAUAGAGUAUCCUGGUAAUCUUUUGGUUGGUAUGGGUAAGGAAUUCACUCCUACGCAAACUAAAGAUGAACCGCAUUUGGUAUGGGUUGCCGACCCAAAUGAAUUCUAUACCAUAUACAUGGGCAAUCCUGAUGCUCCAUUCGUUAACGAGUCUUAUUGGUCCGAAUGGUUACAUUGGCUUGUAGUCAAUGUACCCGGCUUAGAGGUGAAUAAAGGUGAAAUUAUCUGUCCUUAUAUGGGCCCAUUAGCUUCGAAAAUUAGCGGCAUAAUGCGCUAUGCAUUUUUGGUUUAUAAACAGCCAAAAAAAUUAACAUUCAAUGAGCCACACCUCAAUAAUACUAAUGCUGACCCACAUAAAAUGUUUCACAUAAAGGAAUUUGGUGAAAAAUAUCAAUUGGGCGAACCGAUAGCUGGCAAUGUAUAUCGCAGUCAAUGGGAUGAAUUUGUCAAGGUAUUGCACAAACAAUUAAAUAUCACUAUUGAUGAUAAUUGAUUCGGAUAAGGAAGUUUACAACAGCUACGAUAAUAAGAUGAAUGCAUUCAUUUUUAAGAAAACAUAAUUAUGUUAAUUAAGUA